AAAAACUUCAAUUGUCAAAAUUACAAUGCGUCUCAUGAUAACAGUAAUAAGAAACGCAUUUUUCAUUUGACUCAAGAUUCUUUUUAAUGUAAUUUAGAUGUUAUAGAUGUUUUUAUUGUUUUUACUUCAAUAUCAUCACGUCUUUACCUGUCGCAGUCAUUAGUAUUUCGUUAUAAAAAAAUGUUAUAAUGGCUACUUUUGAAAAUAGGUUGAGUCGUAGAAAAGGUAAACAUGGUGGCAAUACGUAUAGGUUAGACACUAAAAAUAAAACACCUGAACAAAAUAUAAUAGAAAUUAUACAAGGUCUGUAUUUAAAAAAACCAUUCCACAAUGAUACUUCACCCACCAACAAAAGUUUCCCUUCAGAGUUUAGACUGGGCAGGCUGACACAAAAAAGUAGUUCUGACAGUUAUAGAUGGUCAUACCUAGAUGCAUUAGUCACCUUACUUAAUAAGGAAGACAGGAGUAAACUUGGAUUUACGUCUGACGAAUUAAUGACAUGCAUCCGUAUAAGUCUUGUCGAUGAAUCAAUGGUCAUAAGAGCUGCAGCUCUAAGAGUUUUACGAUAUUUAAUAAAGACAGAGAGUGAUGUUGCUACCUUCAACAAUUUGAAACUGCCGUAUCUGGUUAUGAGAUCUAUGGAUUUGAUGCUUCAUAAUGAAGAAGAACGUGCACAAGCAUUGAAAGUUGUUCGACGGGUAAUUGCUGUAGUUGGUGCUAAUGACCAAAGCCAAAGACGUCAUCGUGCCGCGUACAUAGAUCCUGGUUUGCUACGUUGCCUCGUAGCCGUCGCCCGGGCUGGCAGUUCGGGCGAUGGAACCAGCAAUAGGUUAUCGAGACCUGCAAUUGCUACUUUAGCGGAAAUAUGUGUGUUAAACCCAGAUCUUUUCAUAUCAUGUGGUGGGGUAACUGCAGUAACGAGGCAAUUGGCAGAAUGUGCCACGCCACGUAUGGCAGAAGCAUUGUGUGGCGUUUUAUUACAUACCCUUAACGAUCCAAAAUCACGCAGUGCAGCUAGAAUUGACUUAACGUGUCUAAAUUCGCCAUACUGUGAUUUUCAAUAUAAACCAGCCGGAACAGAUACUAGCAGGGACGAGCGCGAGAUGCGGUUCACGUGCAGCCAGCUGGCGCUGCUGUGCGUGCUGCGCAGCUGGCCGGGCCUGCUGCACUUCUGCCACCCGCGCGCCGCCGGCGGCCUGCGCGCGCUCGUGGCCGCGCUGCACCUGCCGCGCCUCGAGGUCCGAAAAGCUAUAUUGGAUUUGCUAUAUGAAUUAGUCGGUCUACCACAACCCGACUGGACCGAUGAAAUAUCCGUUGCAUUGGAUGCCGUCGAUCCAGCCGAUUUUCAAGACUCCUGGCGGCUGAAUGAAGGUUUCGUGGCAGCCGAAGGUACUGCAAUUUUACCCCACCUAGGUGCUACCGGUCCGGACAUAAUUGAAAAUCAUCUCGCACUUUUACUGCAGUGUUUUCUGGAGGUCGGACUCCUCGACGGGUUAGCCGAAGUGAUAGUGACGAGCGAUACGUUCAUAUCGGUGCGAGCGACCGUGCUGCUCGGGCAACUGCUACACCUCAUACACUUGUACCUGCCUCCUCAAAUAUGCAGCGUGACCCCCGCUCUACCGUCAUUAAUAUCGCAGGCGUCGGCCGGCAAGCCGCAAGCUCUAGCCGCGGUGGCCGCUUUGCGUCGCCUACACUCGACGCUCGAAGCUCGCCCGGCCACUAACAGCCUGUUCCUGGACCACAUCGUGCAGUACUGCAGCGGCGCCUUCCUGACGCGACGGGAGGACUCCAAGAGUCGCAAGGAGAAGGACAACGCCGACAUCGCCAACACCUGUUCCGACCAGUGCGACGACGACGGGAAGCUCCCAGAGUCGGACGACGAGGCGGAGCCAAAACGUCACAGCGUGGGAUCGCGAGCGGAAGUGCGAUCGCGCAACGAGAGCGCGCUCGUCAAGAGCAAGAGUGUUAGCUCGCGCGCCGGCGUCGUGGGCAAGGUGAAGUCGGCAAAGUUCUUCAACCUCUUCGAACGUGACAGCGACGCCAUGCUGCGAUCAUCCUUCGUCAUGCAGAACAAGGACGGCAACACUUGGAACUGGGAGGUCAUCCGGACCAUACUCAAGGAAAACGAUAGCAAACCCUUGUUGAACUUAAACGAUAGUGGACAUAAAGCUUGGGCUAGUCGGAUUAUUAAUUAUUUAAAACCGUCUUCGAAUAAGUACUCGCACACCGACCUAUCUACUACUGGUAACGGACAAUCUGCCACACGAGCUGGCUGUCAAUUAAUAAGGAAGCUCCUGCGUCAAAAUGAUGCAGAUUCUCUAAGACUUCUAGAAGAUUUAUUUAUCGACGUGAGUCGACAAAUCGAGGCAAUUGAAACCGGUCAUAAAGCCCACGAAUGUCUGUUCAGUCCACAACAUAUGUGCAAUACUAUGUGUCAAAUGUACUUUCUGUUUAUAGGACAACUAUGUCAUACGCAUGCAGGACUAAGGCUUUUUAAACAGACAAAACUAUAUGAAAAUCUUCUCGAGCUGUCAACAAAGACUCAUCAUAGCUGUUAUGUUAAAUUAGUUAUUUCGAGUUUAGAUUAUACAUUAGAUGCCAGUCCACGAGAUAUUCUUGCCAAAACCCUAACAUGCAGUAUAUCGGCGUCAAGAUUAUACGCCACACAAUUCCUAAAUGUACUUCUACGGGCCUCGCGUAAAUCAAGAGACUUAAUUAGAAAAAAAGCUAAAUUAAAAAAUAAUGUACAUGAGCAAUGGAAGUUCGAUCAUAAAGAUGAUUCAGAUAUGACAAAUGGAUUAGAUAUGGAUAGUUGGAUUCUUCAAAUGUUAGUUGGACAAGUCAAAGAUGAAUCUAAAGCAGUUGUAAAAUGCGCCUUGACCAUUUUAGAAGAAGCCUACAGUGUACCAAUCUACUUUGAGAAGCUAAUGACCAUAAAGGACUCUCUCGGUCAUAAUUGUCGUAUCGACAGAUCGGCUGACCCCGCGACGUUGGAUUUUUCCACGGUCGGCGAUCGCGGGUACAUUUUGUGGUUAGGGCUCGAAGUAGCCGCUGCCGCGCAAACCGCGGAUGCGACCUCAAUCUCAUUCGUCAAGAAACAUGUAGACUUCUGGAACAAAUCAUACAAUUACAGGUACGUGCGGCUGGUGGAGGCGGUGGCGCACGAGACGCUGACGCUGGCGGAGGGCGGGCGGCGCGGGCGCGCGGCGCGGCGCUCGGCGCGGCCGCCGCCGCACGCGCUCGCCGCGCUCGCCGCCUGCGCGCCCGCGCCCUUCGCGCGCGCGCUGCUCGCCGCCGCGCUGCCGCACCACUACAAGAUUUUACAAAAGAAGAAAUGCGUGACUGAGCAAGAAAUAGCCGACUUAAAAGCGUCUUUGUGGGCGGUCGGAAACACGGCGAUCAGUCCGCAAGGCCUGCAGCAGUUGAUGAACUUGAGUAACGGGUUUCUUGAGGAUGCGGUUCCAGUUCACAUCGUGAGACUCGCCAAGUACAGUCCCGUGUACUCUGUACGAGCUACUGCUUUCUACGUUCUCGGUCUAAUAGGGAGCACCUACGAUGGCGCUAACUUACUGGCUGACUUAGGUUGGUACUGUGUGAGACAUACUAGACACGAUCAGUUCCCAGUUAUUCCUGACGAGAACAUUGCUCAAAUGAUGGACCUCAACGACACCGGUAAUGUUUAUGUGACGUCCCCCGAUCGACGAUUUUUCGACAUCGAUUUAAGCGAACACUCCGAUCACACCGAUCAGAGUACCGCCGAAAGCCAACAUUCUGAUACGUCAAAAUUAAAUAAAACCGUCGGUUCGAUUUCUAUAGAACAAAAUAAAGAUCAAGACGUGGUUGAUUACAAGAUAAAUGUUCUCGAGCGAUGUGAAACCGAUAAGAGGAAAUCUCAUACUUUACCAACGCAGGGUUCAAGUUCGCACGAACGUUCGCUCACCGAAUCGCGAACUGUGGAUAUUUUGAGAGACUGUUCGAAUUACGAACGCGGUCCUUACAGGUUGCAUGUAGAAAACAGAUAUGUUAGAAAUUACUCGCUCGACCAUUCUCACGAGGGUCGCGAGAGACACACCAGUGAAUCUAGUACUAGUGGGGUGAGCAGUUGCGAUUCAUUUCUCGGAAAAUAUGUGAUUCCCGAGCGCGCGGCCCGCCUGAGCCCCAUCCCCAGCUCGUCCAGCCUGCACGGCGCGCGCCCGCCCGCCGCGCCGCGCGCGCGCCCCGACGUGCGCCGCCGCCCCUCCGCCUCCAGUUUUACGACUCCCGAUGUUGCCAGUUCACCGCCGACUCAGAUGGAUCUAAGAGGAUACGUUACCCUGCAGACUCUAAAUAGACAUAGAAGGCCGCAUCAUGUUUCGGAAAGCGAUGCAAUGGGAGCGAGCGAUGUCGAAGUAUUAAGUUGGUUACCCUAUGACUCCAAUCAACGUGCAAAGCCAUUCUCGUCACUCCGUGAAAGAGCAAAGUCUUUCCGAGAGAGGAUGACGAAAAUGAGCCUGCUGGAGCACGACUGGCGGCCGCUGGCGCCGGGCGAGGGCGGCCAGCGCUCCGCCCCGCCCCGCGCGCCGCCCCGCUCCGCGCCCGCGCCCCGCUCUCUGCGUUACAUGGGGAUCUGCUUGCCAAAGAAUCUCGUCGACCUGUUCCCCUGUGAAAUUGAAGAAAAAGGAACAGACGGAGGUGAAGACAAGAGUGGAAAUAGGCUUAAGGCCUAUUUAGGUGAAUGUACAUCUCUAGAGGAUCGUUCACGUACUCCCGAUAACUAUAACAUAAACUUCUACAAAACCACGAACGUCCGCACCGCAACGUCGAGUACCUCGACGCUGGUCACGACGGCGCCCGUUACGAAUACGCCCGAACCGAAAGCUCGGACGGAAACCCCGGCGAAGCCGUCCAGGGACAAGAGCGACGGGGCAGCGCGGCGGCCGGACGGCGACAGUAGCCGGGCGGAGCGACCGGAACGACCGGAGCGCCCGGACGACGGCGUGUGGCGCCACGCACGCGACCACUGCCUCGCCUGCGUGCGCACGCGCCCGCCCUCCUCGCAUGAGCUCAGGGAGGCGUUCUUUGCCGAGCCGGCAACCGAAGAGGUGGGGGGCGAGGUGGGCGCGGCGGGCGGCGCGCAGGCGCAGCUGCUGCGGCACGUGCUGUUCAUGGCCAACCCCAUACACCUCAAGCAGGCCCGCGGCGCGCUGCUGGCGCUGAAGGCGCGCCGGCCCGAGCUGUUCCGCAGCGCGUGCGUGUACUCCGACGUGUGCGCGCUGCUGGCGCGCGACGGCUACCUGCUGUGCGCGCGCCGCAUGCUGCACGAGCUGUUCCUCGACGCCGACUUCGCGUGCUUCCUGCGCGAGCCCGCCGCCGUGCUGGCGCGCCACGCCGCCGCCCCCGCCCCCGCCGCCCCCGCCUCGCCGCCCGCCCUCGAAACGACGCACUAG